AUGAUGCGGCCUCAGCUCAGGCAGCUCGCUCAACACGCGGACCCCAGGCGACUGGGUCGAACGGUCACAGUCCGCGCCUUCUCUGUUUCCCUUGUCGCCCUGGAAGGCGAGAACAAAACGUCAAGUCAGCGCGACUACAAGAAGAGCUCAACAACCAUACCGCGCAAGUCUCCAGCGCAGUCUCGUGGCCCUACCUCUGGUACUCCAAACCGAGGACGCCCUGCCAAGGCAAUUGAUGCAAGAUCAUUCGCAGCGCCCACUGCUGGCAAUGACCAGCCUCGUGUUGUCCGCAGCCCUCGGUUACGGACCGUCCGGGGCGGGAAUCAGCCUCAGAACCGCAAGUCCAAGGCCGCAGCUUCCAAGAAUCGGAAAGGUCGUCGACAACAGCGCUCUCGCGACACGAAGAGAGAAGAUGUGGACGAGAGUCUUGAGGAGGCCGAGGCGGCUGCCAUCCAACAGAUUGAACAAGAACAGGCGCUGAAGGACCGUCCAACACCCGUCCGCUACGAACCCCGGAACAUCGACUUCUCCACACUGCAGGCUACCUGGCCCUCUCUCCCAUCCGACUCCGCUUCCCGCUCUGCUGCAGUUCUUGGAAAGCUCUCCAGCCUGAGCGGUCGCUUUGCGAACGGGUAUAUUCCUCCCCACGAGCUCGGAAGGCGACUCUGGAAGGGGCAGAACGUUUUGUUUGAGAAUGAUGCCGAGAAAACCGCAGCCAUGGAAGAAGUGAAGCGACUGUCACAGCAGCGCGCUGAUAAGAUCUCGCAACGAAAGGGCGAACUCGUGGAACCUCGCGCUAUCAAGUUUAACGCUCUCGGCACACACGACACCAAGACAUUGGUAGAGACAUUCGCCCAAGGAAGGUAUCCUGCACUGGAUGCCAGAAAGGACCAGCCAGCUGUUUUGGGCGAUGUGGCACGAAACCUGCGAAACAAUGGGACUUAUCAGACUGCGGGCAAGCGGCCUGAAUUCAUGGCCAAGGUCGAGUCUUUACUCGCCUCGAGCCGGGUAAAACGCUCUUGA